AUGUUUGGGCUGAAGCUGAAGAAGAAGAAGAAAAAUAAAGGAGAGAAGGGGUUAAUCCUAGCCAACAAGGCUGCGCAAGAUGGUCAGAGUGAAGCUGAACUGCCACAGGAUGGACCUUCUCACCAGGAAGGACCAGUAGGAGAUUUGAUUCAUGACGAUGCUUCCAUCACUCCUGCCCCCUCAGCUCCUCUGAACAGAAGGUCAAAACUGCUGACUAAGAUCCAUGAUGGAGACAUCAAAUCCCAAAAUUAUCAAAUUGCCAUAAACAUCACUGAGGCCCGCCAGCUGGUGGGCGAGAACAUUGACCCUGUUGUGACCAUUGAGAUUGGGGAUGAGAAGAAGCAGAGCACGGUGAAGGAAGGAACCAACAGCCCGUUUUACAAUGAAUACUUUGUCUUCGACUUCAUUGGGCCCCAAGUGCAUCUUUUUGACAAGAUCAUCAAAAUCUCAGUCCUUCACCACAAGCUGAUUGGAAGCAUACUGAUUGGCUCUUUCAAAGUAGAUCUGGGGACUGUGUACAACCAACCUGGUCAUCAGUUCAGUGACAAGUGGGCGCUGCUCACAGACCCCAGUGACAUCAGGACUGGUACCAAGGGCUACCUGAAGUGCGACAUCAGCGUGACCGGGAAAGGCGACAUCUUAAAGACCAACCCCAAAACCUCUGAUGCUGAGGAGCAAAUAGAAAAGAACCUUUUGAUACCCCAGGGGUUUCCAUCAGAGAGACCCUGGGCCAGAUUCUAUGUAAGACUCUACAAGGCAGAAGGACUGCCCAAAAUGAAUUCCAGCAUCAUGGCAAACGUCACCAAAGCAUUUGUGGGUGACAGUAAGGACCUUGUGGAUCCCUUUGUGGAGGUCACCUUUGCUGGGCAGACGGGGCGAACCACAGUGCAAAAGAACUGUGCCAACCCCGUGUGGCACGAACAGGUGGUCUUCAAGGAAAUGUUCCCUCCCUUGUGUCGGAGGGUGAAGAUCCAGGUGUGGGACGAAGGCAGCAUGAAUGACGUGGCGCUGGCAACCCACUUCAUCGACCUGAAGAAGAUCUCCAAUGAGCAGGAUGGAGAUAAAGGCUUCCUCCCUACCUUUGGACCUGCCUGGAUCAACCUGUACGGCUCCCCCAGGAACCACAGUCUGAUGGACGACUACCAGGAACUGAAUGAAGGCUUUGGGGAAGGGGUGUCAUUCAGGGGCAGAAUCUUGGUAGAAAUUGCUGUGGAAAUCCUCUCAGGAGGGGCACAGGAGUCCAAGUUUUCCAAGGCACUGAAGGAGCUGAAGUUGUCUUCCAAGGACAAAGACUCCAAGUCUUCCAAAGGCUCCAGUAAGGACAAGGCGGACAGAGCCGAUGAUGGGAAGCCCCAGCAGCCGUCCGACAGAGCUCACUCCACCGAGGUGGAGGUGGAGCCCUUCGACGUCCCCCCGGAGAUCACGCCAGAAAAAUAUGAGGAAUUUUUACUCUUUGGGGCAUUUUUCGAAGCUACCAUGAUUGACCGGAAGAUUGGUGAUAAACCCAUCAGCUUUGAGGUUUCUAUUGGUAAUUUUGGGAACCUGAUUGACGGAGGGUUCCAUCAUGGCAGUAAGAAGAAGUCCUCUGAAUUAACUGAAGAAGACGCCGUUCCCCUGCUGCAGGAAGGAGAAGAGGAAGCAGCCCACGAUGUGGCCAUCCCCAUGUCUUCCACCACUCAUCCAGAGAAGCCUCUGGUGACCGAGGGGAACAGGAAUUACAACUAUUUGCCAUUUGAGGCCAAGAAGCCUUGUGUCUCCUUCAUCAGUUCUUGGGGAGAUCAGACCUUUAGGCUGCAGUGGUCCAACAUGCUGGAGAAAAUGGCAGAUCUCCUGGAAGAGAGUAUAGAGGAAGUGAGAGAGCUGAUCAAGAUUUCAGAGGAGGCUCCUGAAGAUAAAAUGAAGAUGGUGCUCAGUGAUUUCAUCAAUCAAAGCAGUGCCUUUAUCUCUGAAGCAGAAAAAAAGCCCAAGAUGUUGAACCAAACCACUUUAGAUAAGAAACGACUGACGCUCUGUUGGCAGGAGAUGGAGGCGAUGGCCACGGAGGCCAAGGGGAUCCUGGAGCAGCGCAAGAAGAGGUUCUCUCUUGAUGAAAUGAUCCUCGAAGCCCAAAACUUUGUGGAAAAAAUCCGCUUUCUGGUUGACGAGCCACAGCACACCAUCCCUGAUGUCUUCAUCUGGAUGCUCAGCAAUAACAAGAGAGUGGCAUAUGCCCGCGUUGCCGCCAAAGACCUGCUCUACUCCCCCGUCAGAGAGCAGAUGGGCAAGCACUGCGGGAGGAUCCAAACUCACUUCCUCAAACUUCCUGGGAAACGGCCACCUGGCUGGUCAGUGCAAGCAAAAGUCGAUGUGUACCUGUGGCUGGGCUCCAUCCAAUACUCUGGUGCCAUUUUGGACAACCUACCAGCAGGCUAUGAAGCAGAAAUGCCCCCCAAAUUGGCUGGCACCAAUCACCCUCCAUGCAACCUGCUCUACCAAGCCCAGCAUACCUUCCAGCUGAGAGCUCACAUGUACCAAGCCCGGGGCCUCAUCGCAGCUGACAGCAAUGGACUUUCAGACCCUUUUGCCAAAGUCACAUUCCUGUCCCACUGCCAGACCACAAAGAUCAUUUCCCAGACUCUCUCCCCCACCUGGAACCAGAUGCUGCUGUUCAAUGAGCUGGUGCUGCACGGAGAGGAGAGGGAGAUAAUGGCGUCCCCACCCCUCGUGGUGGUGGAGCUCUAUGACAGCGAUGCGGUGGGAAAGCCAGAGUACUUGGGUGCCACGGUGGCUGCUCCAGUUGUGAAGCUGGCUGGCCAGGACUAUGAGCCCCCCAGGCUGUGCUAUCACCCUAUCUUUUGUGGGAGCAUCUCUGGAGGGGACCUCCUUGCUGUGUUUGAACUGCUGCAGGUCCCCCCCACUGGGCUUCAAGGGCUUCCUCCCAUCGACCCACCAGACUUCUCCCAGAUCUACCCAGUUCCUGCCAACAUUCGGCCAGUGCUGAGUAAAUACCGUGUGGAGGUGCUCUUCUGGGGAGUCCGUGAAAUGAAGAAGGUGCAGCUUCUGUCCGUGGACCGGCCGCAGGUCCUCAUCGAGUGUGGGGGACGGGGAGUGAAGUCCUGCGUGAUCCAGAGCUACAAGAACAACCCCAACUUCAGCGUCCAGGCAGAUGCCUUCGAAGUGGAGCUGCCUGAGAAUGAACUUCUGCACCCGCCACUGAGCAUCUGCGUGGUGGACUGGAGAGCCUUCGGGAGGAGCACCCUUGUGGGCACCUACACCAUCAACUGCUUGAAGCAGUUUUUGUGUAAAUCCAGAGAGCCUCCUGCCCUGAUCUCACAGGUGGAUGGAGCCCAAGGUGAGCAAGCAAUUUCAGAUUCACUGGUGGUGACGGAAUCUCCGGGACUCCAUGAGUCCUCCCAGGACCCUCCAACAGAUCACAUCUAUGUGGAUGUUGAUCCGCCUCCCACGGUGGUUCCGGACUCUGCCCAGGUUCAGCCAGCUGUCUUGGUGGACAUACCUGACUCCUCCCCUAUGCUGGGGCCUGAACCCACACCGGCAGCCCAGGAGGCACCAAAAGAUGGAAACGUUAAGGAUGCCAAGAAGCCUGCCCGGAGAUCCACCAAAAGGAAAAAGAGGACCAUCGCAGAUGAAUCUGCUGAAAAUGUCAUUGACUGGUGGUCCAAGUACUAUGCUUCCCUGAAGAAAGCACAGAAGGCAAAGGAGAGCAAUCCCAAGGAGACAAAAGGCAAUACAGGAGCAAAACCAGAUGAAGUAGUGGUUGAUAUAGAAGAUAGCCCAAAGAAGAAGAAGGACAAGCUGCUCAAGAAGAAACCCAAAGAUGACACAAUCCCUAACCUGGCUGUCUUGAAGAUAUACGAGGGUGAUCUCGAGAGUGAAUUCAACAAUUUUGAAGACUGGGUGAAAACCUUUGAGCUCUUCAGAGGCAAAUCUACUGAAGAUGACCAUGGUCUGGAUGGAGACAGAGUCAUAGGGAAGUUUAAGGGCUCCUUCUGCAUCUACAAAUGCCCCGAGGAUUCUGGCUCUGAGGACAAUGGGCAGCUAAGAAUCCAGCAAGGGAUCCCACUCAACCACCCUGUCCAAGUCCUGAUCAGGGUGUACAUUGUCGCGGCGUUCAAUCUUAGCCCAGCUGAUCCGGAUGGCAAAUCAGACCCCUACAUCGUGCUCAGACUUGGCAAAACAGAAAUCAAAGAGCGCGACAAAUACAUCCCCAAACAACUGAACCCGGUGUUUGGAAGGUCAUUCGAGAUCCAGGCCACAUUCCCAAAGGAGUCCCUGCUCUCCGUGCUGAUCUAUGACCAUGACAUGAUUGGGACAGAUGACCUCAUUGGCGAGACCAAGAUCGACCUGGAGAACCGCUUCUACAGCAAACACCGAGCCAUCUGUGGCUUGCAGAGCCAGUAUGAAAUAGAAGGGUACAAUGCCUGGAGGGACACAUCCAAACCCACGGAGAUCCUCACCAAGCUCUGCAAAGACAACAAGCUGGAUGGACCCUACUUUCGCCCUGGGAAAAUACAGAUCGGAAGCAAGGUCUUUUCUGGAAAAACAGUCUUCACCGACGAAGACACUGAGGAGAUGGUGGAGUCCUAUGAGCACUUGGCCCUCAAGGUUCUCCACUCCUGGGAGGAUAUCCCAGAGGUGGGGUGCAGGCUGGUUCCCGAGCACAUAGAAACUCGGCCGCUCUACCACAAGGAUAAGCCAGGAAUGGAGCAGGGCCGCCUGCAGAUGUGGGUGGACAUGUUUCCCAAGGAUAUGCCUCAGCCAGGACCUCCCGUUGACAUUUCACCAAGGAAACCCAAAGGGUAUGAGUUGAGGGUGACUAUCUGGAACACUGAAGAUGUCAUUUUGGAGGAUGAAAAUAUCUUCACAGGCCAAAAAUCAAGUGAUAUUUAUGUUAAAGGGUGGAUAAAGGGUUUGGAGGAUGACAAGCAGGAGACAGACGUGCACUACAACUCCCUCACAGGAGAAGGGAACUUCAACUGGCGCUUCCUGUUUCCGUUUCAGUAUCUCCCAGCUGAGAAGCAAAUGGUCAUUACCAAGAGGGAGAAUAUCUUUUCCUUAGAGAAGAUGGAGUGUAAGACUCCAGCUGUGUUGGUGCUGCAGGUUUGGGAUUUUGAAAGGCUGUCCUCAGAUGACUUCCUGGGCUCCCUAGAAAUGAACCUCAACAGUUUCCCUCGAGCUGCCAAAUCGGCCAAAGCCUGUGAUCUCUCCAAGUUUGAAAACGCCAAGGAGGAGAACAAGAUCUCUAUAUUCCAGCAGAAGCGUGUGCGUGGCUGGUGGCCUUUUGCUAAAAGCAAAGAGCUCACGGGCAAGGUGGAAGCUGAGUUCCACCUGGUCACAGCCGAAGAAGCCGAGAAGAAUCCUGUGGGGAAAGCCCGGAAAGAGCCGGAGCCCUUGGCCAAGCCCAACCGCCCAGACACCUCCUUCUCCUGGUUCAUGAGCCCCUUCAAGUGCCUGUACCACCUCAUCUGGAAGAAUUACAAGAAGUACAUCAUCAUCGGCUUCAUCCUCAUCAUCCUCAUCAUCUUCCUGGUGCUCUUCAUCUACACCUUGCCGGGAGCCAUCAGCCGGAGGAUCGUCGUGGGCUCAGGCUCGUAG